UGUGUGUCUGUGUCUGUGUCUGUGUCUGUGUCUGUGUCUGUGUAUAUGUGUUUGUGUAUGUGUAUGUCUGUGUCUGUGUAUAUGUGUUUGUGUAUGUGUAUGUCUGUGUCUGUGUCUCGUGAGUGCAUCUCAGUCCAUGUAGGCCAGGCAGGCGUCCAGAUUGGCAAUGCCUGCUGGGAGCUGUACUGCCUGGAGCACGGCAUUCAGCCGGACGGCCAGAUGCCCAGCGACAAGACCAUCGGAGGAGGAGACGACUCCUUCAACACCUUCUUCAGCGAGACUGGAGCAGGCAAACACGUGCCCCGUGCUGUGUUUGUGGACCUGGAGCCCACUGUCAUCGAUGAGGUGCGCACAGGUACCUACCGCCAGCUGUUCCACCCCGAGCAGCUGAUCACUGGCAAAGAGGACGCCGCCAACAAUUACGCCCGCGGGCACUACACCAUCGGCAAGGAGAUCAUCGACCUGGUGCUCGACAGGACCCGCAAACUGGCGGACCAGUGCACAGGCCUCCAGGGCUUCCUGAUCUUCCACAGCUUCGGUGGAGGCACAGGCUCCGGCUUCACCUCCCUGCUCAUGGAGCGUCUCUCAGUCGACUACGGCAAGAAGUCCAAGCUGGAGUUCGCCAUUUACCCAGCUCCUCAGGUGUCCACUGCAGUGGUGGAGCCCUACAACUCCAUCCUGACCACCCACACCACCCUGGAGCACUCCGACUGUGCCUUCAUGGUUGACAACGAGGCCAUCUACGACAUUUGCAGACGUAACCUGGACAUCGAGCGUCCCACCUACACCAACCUCAACAGGCUCAUUGGCCAGAUCGUGUCCUCCAUCACCGCCUCCCUCAGGUUCGACGGUGCCCUGAAUGUGGAUCUGACGGAGUUCCAGACCAACUUGGUGCCCUACCCUCGUAUCCACUUUCCCCUGGCUACAUAUUCCCCAGUCAUCUCAGCUGAGAAGGCCUACCAUGAACAACUAUCUGUGGCAGAGAUUACAAACGCCUGCUUCGAGCCAGCCAACCAGAUGGUGAAGUGCGAUCCUCGUCACGGCAAGUACAUGGCUUGCUGCCUGCUCUACCGUGGUGAUGUGGUGCCCAAAGAUGUCAACUCCGCCAUCGCAACCAUCAAGACCAAGCGCACCAUCCAGUUUGUGGACUGGUGUCCCACUGGCUUCAAAGUGGGCAUCAACUACCAGCCCCCAACCGUGGUGCCCGGUGGUGACCUGGCCAAGGUGCAGAGGGCCGUGUGCAUGCUGAGCAACACCACCGCCAUCGCCGAGGCCUGGGCUCGCCUGGACCACAAGUUCGACCUGAUGUACGCCAAGAGGGCAUUCGUGCACUGGUACGUGGGAGAGGGCAUGGAGGAGGGCGAGUUCUCAGAGGCCAGAGAAGACAUGGCUGCCCUGGAGAAGGACUAUGAGGAGGUGGGCACAGACAGCAUCGGAGAUGAAGGGGAGGGAGAGGAGGGCGAGGAGUAUUAAAGUCUACUUUCCACAUGAUCCAGGUAUAGAACAUUUGAGACACUCGUGGUUACAAUUGUUUUGGCCAUAAGGGCCGAGAUCAGCUGGCAUUGUAGCCAAAUAAAAAGGGAAAAAGUGAACCCUUGAGUGCCUCAGAUUUUCUCUACCUGGAACAAGUUUGAGAGCCCCUACACUGAUGUGCACCAAAGGAAAAAAAAUCCAAUGUCCUCUUUGUUUUUGAUACUUUCUACAUGAAUUGAAUGCACAAUGGUGCAAUGACAUAUUGAAUUUCAAUGAUACAAUGACAAAGUGGUGUAUACGUCAUUGAAUGUUAGGCUCGUCCUUACUUUUAAGAUCAAAAGUGUUGCGGAAACAGUGUAUUUUUUACAAAUAUUUUAUUUUUUCUGUGAAGCACUAAUGAAAUGGAUUACAAGAGCUUGGGGUGCCCUUCAGUAUUCA